CAGCGGACAUAAGUAUAUUGUUGUAGGUGUUGUGUACCUGUCACAAUUGGAAUAAUGAACUCGUAGUUGUGACAAUUCGAUUAAAAACUGUUUCGGCCCAGGAUGGGCUUUUUAGAGGACACGUGUGUGAUCCUUGGAACGCAGGUACUCUUCUUCCUAGGAGGAUGGGUAUUCUUUGUGAAGAAAUUAUUUCGGGACUACGAAGUCCACCACAGAUUGGUGCAGCUGAUUUUUUCCACGACAUUUUCUUUAUCUUGUACAAUGUUUGAACUUAUCAUAUUUGAGAUUGUCGAUGUGCUGGAUUCCAGCUCAAGGUAUUUCCAUUGGAACGCCGGCCUGUACAUGCUUUUGUUCAUGGUGAUAGUGUUGAUACCGUUUUACAUAGCCUACUUCAUUAUAAGCAACAUCAGAUUCGUCAGGCUGAAUUUGAUCAGGCCACUAACGGUACUGGUGUAUCUCUUUUACUUGUACCUGUUUUGGAAAGUCGGAGAUCCCUUUCCUAUCCUUAGUCCCAAAAAGGGUCUGCUGUCCAUAGAACAAGGUGUCAGUCGGAUUGGAGUUAUUGGCGUGACGGUGAUGGCACUUUUGUCAGGGUUUGGAGCAGUCAACUACCCGUAUUCAUCGAUGGCUUAUUUUAUGCGGCCUGUUUCCUACACAGAUGUACAAUCGGUAGAGAGGAGGCUGCUUCAGACGAUGGACAUGAUAGUGGCUAAGAAAAAAAGAAUUGCUCUUGCGAAAAAAGGGGAAGUCGCUGGUCAGCCUGAGGCUAGAUCCCGUCUCUGGGGAAUGCUGGCUCCCUUGGGAGGAAGUAAAGGAAGUCAGGAAAAUAUAAAACAACUUCAGCAAGAAGUUGCGGCGUUAGAAGAGUUGUCUCGACAAUUAUUUCUAGAAGCGCACGACAUCCAAAACGCUAGAGAACGACUCGAAUGGGCUGCGACGUGGCAGGGGAAGUACUUCAAUUUUCUCGGUUACUUUUUUUCCCUAUACUGCAGCUGGAAGAUUUUCAUUUCUACAAUUAAUAUUGUCUUCGACCGAGUAGGCAAAAAAGAUCCCGUUACACGAGGAAUGGAAAUUGCUGUACACUGGAUCGGAUUUGACAUUGACGUGACUUUCUGGUCUCAGCACAUUUCCUUCUAUCUUGUCGGGUGCAUAGUCGUAACGUCCAUCAGAGGGCUUCUACUGACGCUUACAAAGUUUUUCUACGCGAUAUCAAGCAGCAAAUCAUCAAACAUAAUCGUUCUCAUAUUAGCUCAAAUAAUGGGGAUGUAUUUCGUCUCAUCUGUACUUCUCAUGCGAAUGAACAUGCCUGCCGAAUAUCGUGUGAUUAUAACGCAAGUUCUUGGUGAUCUGCAGUUUAACUUUUAUCACAGAUGGUUCGAUGUGAUAUUCCUUGUGUCGGCGCUAUCUUCUAUUGUAUUUUUAUAUCUGGCUCAUAAGCAGGCUCCCACGGAGCGUGCUUGAAGCAUAAAUAAAUUAUUUUUUAACAUA